AGUUGGAGUGGCUGGGGGCUGCACUGUUCCAGUACGCUCACUCUCUCUCUCUCUCCCCCUCUCUCUCUUCCUCUCUUCCUCUCUCUAUCUCUCUCUCUCUCUCUGUCUCUCUCUCUCUUUUUUGUUUCUCUCUCUUUCUGUUUCCCUCUCCCCUCUUCAUCCCUCCCUCCCUCCCUCCCUCUCUCUUCUCACACGAGCAGUGGGUCUAAAUGUCCCGCACAGGAACUGCUGCGGCAGAUAUGAAGCCUUCACACGUGGACUCUGCACACAAACACAGGACUUCAAGAUGAUGACAGAUGAUCGGUGACUCGUGGAUCAAAUGAGAAGUUCAGAGAGAAGAGAUUAAUCUUGCGCUUUCUGCUAAUGUCGCCGGAGGCCCGUUGAUCCAGACUGGAGCACAAUGUCAUCGUACCACAGACUGCGCAGAUAAGGAGCAGCCCGCUGAACCAGUUGCACUGGCAACAUGGCAGGAGAGAGUAAACGGACAUAUGCCACCAAAGACCUGGACAUCGAGGCCAACCAGCAAGAAAAGGGGCCGGCAAGAGAGAAGUUCAACGAGAAAGCAUCCAAAGGGUCACCUGAGCACUUUCCGAAUCCGAGUGUGGAGUCACAGACUGUUAACAAUGGUGCUAAGAUUGUAGAGAAGGAGAGAGAGAACACGCAGCAGCGCGAGGCUGUUAUUCGACCACAACAGGCAGGAAAGAUUGACUUUAAGUCACUGCAGAAUAGAUCAAAGUUCACCAGUGACAGAAUAUGGCCCAGUGGGAAGGGCAGCCCUCAGUCCCCCAGUGGGAAAAGUCGUAAUCGGGAUAAGGGGAAGAAAUCUGGGAAAGGAGAGCGCGGUAAUCCACAGCAGCUCUACAGACUGAGUAUUACAAAUCCGCGCUCCAAUCCCACAAUCGGCAUAGCCUAUCCACAGCAGAAGGUUUCACCUCCCAAAAAGUUGGAGACCAGCCGGGGCCCUGUCUCAGGCAGCUACAGGUUUCAUGUACCAAGCAUCCCAGAGCGAGAGGCUGAACUGCAACAGGAGGAGCUCAACUACAACCGCUGCUUCCAGGAGAGUUCCUCCAACCUCACCUCCCCAAGCUAUACCUCACAAGCAGUGGGAUCUGCAGCUGGGGGCCCUGCUCACCAGCACCCACCACCCCCUGCACCACAGCAACAGCCUGGUCCAUUGGAGAGCAAUAACACCCAGUCUGUCAGCCAAAUUCUGUUCUCUGACUUUCAUUUGGGCGGAGCUGACAUGUGGCAGUCUCCUGAUAGAACUUUCAAUAAUUCUAGUUUCGGGGUCCCAUCACAAAAGCCUAACAAUGCUAUGGACGUGAAUAAGACAAACGGGUUUGUUCCUUUGUCAUUUCAAUAUGGGUAUCCACUGUUAGAUGAUGCAGCCUCAGAUCCCUUCUCCUGUGAUCAGAACCCACAGUCACAGGACUUCAUUGACGCAUCUCUAGUUUCUAACCAAGUGCCCCAAAACCCGUUUUCUUUUCAGUCAUCCGGGGAGGAGCAUGACAGUGUUCAGGGCAAUGCUCAAUUCAGUAAUGAACAGUUAGAAAACAGGUCACCUUACACUUUACAUUCCAAACCACCACAGUAUUCUCAGACUCCCCAUGGUAUUCCCUCAUCUGUGCACUGCACAAGGGCUGUAGUAGAGGACAGUAGCAAUGGCGAGAUCUCAGUAUCAAGCAGUCACCAAUCAGAUCAGAAUAAGGGUGUCUUACCUGACAAGUCAGAUGCUUAUUGUCCAGUAGAAACUAGAGAUGGAGGCAUUAUUACUGGCAGCAAAAGAGGAUGCCUUUCAAAAAAUGGUACUUCUAGUCAGAGAGUUCUUAUUCAAGGCAGUGUCCAUCAUGUCAGAAAUAUUACACAGGGUCAAAGUUCACAGACGCACUUUUUCAAACAAAGCAGCCCUCCACCUGUCCACAUGGGCUCAACGUCGCAUGACAAAAAUACCAACAAAAGCCACAGUAGGAUAGCACAGCCAUGGGAAGGUCCCAACAAGACCUUCCCAUCACCCAUGGAACAGAACUCCACCCCAUACCCAUUUCAGUGCCAGACUCCCCUUGAGCAAAGACAAAAUGCAGGAAUCAAUAGUCGCAUGCCCUGGCAGCAGAUACACCUCACGUCAGCCAUGCCAAACCAGAACAGGAUUGAGCUUUCCAGGCAACUUAGUAACCAGCAAAUGACUUUUUUGUUAAAUCCCUCUGACUGGCAGGAUGACAGCAAGUCUCAAAAAAGCAACGCUCAGAAAAGCUCCAACAACUUUCCCAGCAGAAGGCCCAGUGAGGCAUUCUCAAGCCUGAGGCAAGACAGUGUCAAACAGGGUUGCAGUACAAUACCACCAUGUCAGUUCACAAAUAAAGUAGAAUCAAUCCAAGGCCAGGUUACUGAUCCCAAAAAUAAAUCAUUAUAUUUUGGCCUAAAUCAGACAAUCAGUGGAUCAUCAUCCAGAAACCCCAACUACCCCCAAUUGCAAGUUCCAACCAUGGGGCUUAUGGUGUCUCCAUAUGACUCCCCAUCACAUUCGCCCAUACAAAAUCCAGCAUCUAGCAGUACAUGUUCUUCUCGUUCACCAGAAUCAACAAGCCCUGCCAACAGUAGCUCUGAUGACAGCCAAAACGCCCUCCACCAAAAGGUCCCUCCACCUCAGUUUUUUCACCAGCACCAAGGCAAGGCAUCGUCAGACACCCUAAACUCUAACCAGAAUAAUUACCAUUCAGAGGUCCCACGCAGCCUGCACUACAACCAAGACAGAGCCAAAGAGAACAUUGUGAGCUUUUCCUCAAAUGUCAGACAUUCAAAGCCCAACAUGGACAGUGGGAAGGGUUGUAUUGAGCCAUAUGGAAUGGAGCACCCUCCACCUCCCCCAUAUUCAGCUCACCAACUUCUAGCCAGUUCACUAGCCACAGCAAAUCUGGACCAACUGGAUGUGCUUCUCACAUGUAAACAAUGUGAUCAGAAUUUUAACAACCUGGCUUCUUUUCUGGACCAUAAGCAAUACUGUGGACAGCAUUCAUUUGCACAAAAUGACUUUAAAGAUCCUCGCAAAGUGGAAGACACAAGAAAAUUUCAUGCAGACCACACAAAAAACAUUUCGUCUGGAACCAGUUUUGCCAUGUCGAGGAGUUCAUCUGAUUUGCAUUUGUCCCUGCUAGGACUUAACAAGAAUGGGGAGAUAAUGCCAGACAGCGAAACCAAAGUAGAUGCAAAAGAUGAUCCUAUGAAACUCAUGCUACCUUCUGCACCACUCCCUGAUUUGGAAAUGGAAGAUGCCAAAUUAGACAGCCUCAUCACAGAAGCCUUGAAUGGCCUUGGAUAUCAGUCGGACAAUGCAGAAAUUGAUAGUAGUUUCAUUGACGCAUUUGUUGAUGAUGAGAUCACCACUACAAAAUGUGCAUCUAAUAGGCAGACUCUAAAAACCAAAGAUUCCAUAGUGUUUGAAAGCAGGAGUAAGCACGAAUUCACAUCCAGUGAGAAAUCACUAACACGAGAAAAGUAUUCCUUUGACUCUGAUUUAGACAGCCUCAGUUCUGAGAGCAAACAGGCUGACAUUCUCCACAAAGAAUGUAAUCGAGGAGCAGAUGCACACGAGGAAAGCAACAAAGAGGAAACAUCUCUAGUGAAGAGAGAAUGCACCUCAGAGGAGUCUAGUACACAUACAGGGUGGGUUAAAGAGACACGUAGGUCAGACAAGACUGCAGAAGAAAGUGAGCAUGGUCCCAGGUUUCUUUUGUCCAAAACAUUUUCAGAAAGAUGUGGACUCAAAAGUUUGCAAAGCAGCACUCCAUUAGUUAAAACAGCUCUUCCUCAGUCCCCUUCUGCUACUAGAAGCCCCACAUCUCAGAGGCCAGCAGUGAGGGAGGGGAAAAGAAAAAGAGCUAGUGGAGGGAGCUGGAGUAAGGAGCUAAUUCACAAAAUAGUCCAGCAGAAGAACAAGCUGCACAAACUCCAUGUGAAAGGCACUAAAAACAUGCAGUUCUCACUGGUGAUGGAGAGAGUGACACCCACAGUACAGAACCCCACAUUCAGAGAGUAUGACUAUGUCUCCGAUUCAGAUGAGGACUGCGAGCCGGUGAAAAUAGCCAGCCAGGGCCGCCUUAGCCAGAGUAUCCGCUGCAAAUACACAUACACAAAAGAAUGUAAAGGACGAAUUAGAGCGGAUAAAACCAGAGAAAGUCCAUGGAAGCAAGACAAGUUGGAGAACUUUGAACCCAAAAAAUCUGAGGCUGUCUCUCUGUCGCCCAUAAAAGAAACUUCUGGUCACCAGAGAGUGCGAAGACGAAGUAGCAGAUCCUCCACCAGCAGUGAAAUCAGCACAUCAGUGAGCAUCUCCAGUGAAAGCAUCAGCAGCCCCAAAAGCAGUGAUCGCACAGAUUCCGACUGCGAGAAAAGACUGGAGAUAAGAAAAAUAGACCAGGAUCCCUUUGAGCAGGAGAGAUCCCCACAAAGGAUACUGAAAGAAUCCAGCACAUCGUUAGCUUUGACCUUCACAAAAAACACAAAGCAUUUCAGCACUGACAAAAUUGUACUAUCUGGACUUAAAGACAGUUACACUACUUCAAAGUGUUCGAAUGUCAUCAGCACAUCAGAAGAGACUGCAUCAGAACAUACCCUGACUAAAAGUACUGUUAGUCUUUCAAGGUUCAAAACCACCAGAGUAGAAGUAGAGGAAAAAAUGGACCACUACGGCUGUGAAAUGGGCAUCGCUGCAAGCAAAGAAGAUCCAACACCACUCAGCAAAGAAUAUAAAGAUUACAUUAAAGCCAACCUGCACCUCAAAAGACCUAGUGUAACACUGAACCAAGUGAAGACUAAAAGUGACAAGGAGACAAACAACCUCUGUAAAAUCAAGAGGGAUAACAAUGACUUUUUAAAAGGACAAUUACUGCACAAUAAGAGAGAACGCCUGAAGUCACAUCAAGAUUCAGAACCCCCAAGUGCCCUUGAAAACAUCAGUGAUGUUUCCUCAGUCAAAGAUGCAAAGACUUCAAAUGACUUGUUCUCUGAUCCACCGUCACUUUGUGGUUCACUCAUGGAUGAGGCGUGUACAUCUCCUGCAAAAUUUCUUGAUGCAUCCCAGCAGAAAGACAGAAGUCUCAUGUCUUAUUCUUUGCAACAUGACCAGAAUCUCAUCAAGUCACCCCUCUCAUUUGAUACGUCAACUAUGUUUGGUGACCUCACUGUAGGUGGAUUUGACAACAGUUUGUACCCAGAUAUUCAACUAACGAAAGAAAGCUUUGGACCUUUAGAGAGCACAGCUGAUAAGAAAGAGCUAUUCGAGUCAUCUUUUUCACCCGUGUUUGAACAAAGAGACUGGGGCUUAAUGGUUGAUGUGACUCCUGAGCUCCCUGAUGAGAUUGCACAGUACAAAGAAGAAGACUCGGGUACAACAAAUGAUAAGAAGACCAAUUUCAACCACAAUCCUUUCACAUUGCCAGAGAAAAUAAUGGACUUUAAUCCAAACCUCAACAGUGUCUCUGAAGAUGAACUUGAGAUUAAGAGAAUUGUGACAGAGCUUGAGAGCCAGCUCCAGACAGCUAAACUAAGAAGCCCCUCUCCACUUGACAAUGAGACACCAAAACAUCUGACCAUGAGCAAACUUUCACCAUUAAGGCUGGGUCACAACAGUGACGUCGAACAGAGUAGCUUGGAUGUCGAUUGCUCGUCUGAAAGUUUAUCUCUUGGUGCACCGCCAGACUCUCAUCCCGAGCUCUUCUCUGAACCUGACCUACCAUGGUCCAGCCCAGUCCAGUUUGCGUUAAUAGGUGGACAGCAGUGUCUUCACACACCAACUCACUCUACUGUAGCAGACACCCCCAUUCAUUUGGGUCAGGAUAAAUCAGACACAAAGGAUGACACAGACCUGAAAGUUCUGUCCACAGAAAAAAACCCAGCACUAGACAUUGAAGAGAAAUCUGAGAGCAAUGAUUCUCUGGGCACAGCUACAGACAAAUCAGAAGAAAUGAUUGAGCAUGAAAUAUAUACAGAGAACCUCAUGAAAAGCCUAGAAGUGAUGUCAGAUUCUUUGUCAUCAGGCCUAGAUUCAUCUCAGUCACCUCUACAAGAAAAGGAAAGCAGUGCUGCUGAAGAGCAAGAGAACGACUAUCAUGAAAAGGCAGAGCCCACAAAUGAGACAGAAAGAGUGGAUGCUGAAAAUGUAGCCGCAGAACCUGCUAAGUGCUCAACAGGACAUCUAAAGAGGCUUAUAACAUACGAUAUUUAUGAUUCAAAGUUGGAUGAAACAUUGGCCACAGAAGAAAGCGUCAGUGUACUUGAGGAUAAUGAUCACAUUCUGCAGGUCGAAGAUAAACAAGAACCUGACAAGAACACAUGUGACAAUGCUUCAUCUAAAGAUGGUGAGAAAUCAUCAGACACAGUCCACCAAUCAGAGUCUCCAGUUGUCACAUUUGAGCACAAAAAUGGUGAACCAUCUGUUAGCCAUGUAGAGAUAAAUGAAGUACCUCUUGAACCCCACAUUACGGAAGACCUGAAUCCAAAUCACCUUCUCGGUUAUCCAGAUGUACACCAGGAUGAAAAAGAGGAAAGCAAUGAGUGCCUUCAGCAGAAAAGCAGCCAAGCAGAAGAUAUUUUGAUUGAUUCUGAAAUGACCGAAAAUGACAAGAAAGUGCUUGAAUCUCCAUCAGCAACACAAAGCACUCAAGAUUGUGAGAAUAAAACUGACAAGACAGAGACAGCAAAAAACAAUAUGGACUCAAUUAAUGGUCAAGUUCUUCACGACGUAGAAUCUCCUUGCAGUGGAGAUGUCCACCUACAUGAGAUUCAAGAAAAUGACAGGAAUAAAGUGACUGCUCAUAAACAACCACAAAUGGAGAACGAUCAGUGCUGUGAACAUACCUCAUAUAUUACCUUUUCUCCUGCACAUUCAUCUUGUGGAGAUCAUGUUCAGAAUAAAGAUGAAGACUCUAAACUAGAACCUGCGCUAGCAAUGUGUCCUUCACCACUGGGUAUUCUACAGAUUCCCCCAGAAAGUGCCAAAGUGCUUGAAGCCAAGAGUCCAUUAACAGUUUGUUGGGCUGAUAUUGGCAUGAUGACUCCAGCUUUGAUUGAAGACAAACCAAGUCUUAAAAGUAAAAGUUCUGAAGAAUUGGAUAUUGGCAGGUCUCUAGAUAAUGUUGAAUCACCAGCCACCACAUCAGAGAUUAAUAAUUCUUUUGGUCCCCAUCUGGACUUUGCAGAAACAACAGAAAACAAAAUAUCUAACCCAGGAACAAUUUUGGCUGUGGACAUCUCCCAACAAGCUUUCAGUGAGGCAAGUGAGAAGCCUGAAACAUUGGACGUUCCCCAAUAUAAAGACACAUCAUAUGAGUUCAAACUAAGCCCACUCAGUUACAGCGAAAGACACUUCAGUCACUGCAGUCCUGAAACCAUAAACCAUGAGAUGGAUGUUGAACCCAACAUAAAGUCAAGCCCUAAAGACAGCCUCAUCCUCAGCAGCUGUACACUCUCAACUCUCAAUACACAGUUGUCAUCAAAUUGUCGACUCAGCCCAAUACACAUUCAAAAUGAGCUUGAAGGAACUGCUCAAGAUCACUUAGUUCAACUCAACAUUCCACAUUUUCAUGACUCAACUAGUCACAAUGACAAGUACAGUAUUUCACCUCAUCACCAUGUCCAAGGGGAAGAUGCAGCAGAUACAGAACAGCUCUCAAAAAUUCCCAAAGAUGACAUGAGCAGUUGUCAUCUACCCCUAGAAACUAUUGAUUACAUGGACUUGCACAUGAAUGUCCUGAAGAAGGCAGAUUCAGAUAAUGUGGACAGAAAUUUAAGUCCUUUCGAGCUCAGUGGCAGUUUGCCUCAGAGGCACAGUAUACCCUGCGUUCAGGAAACACUCCAUUCCAUCGAGCAACAUCCAGCCGUAUCCAUAAGUCUCACAAACACACCUGACUCAACAAUAGGACAAUGCGCAAAGCAAUCAGACAUAAAGUUCUCACCCAAGAAAAGUGGGGCACAGAGCGCAGUACAAGGGAAAUUCCAAUGUGAAAUAUGUUUGUUGUACUUCCGAACUGUACCUGGACUUAAAAGACACAAAGCAAUGAAGCAUACCUUAAAAGCUGAAGGUCUCACAGUUCAAUCUUCAACUUUAAGCAACCAAGAAUAUGUGCCUGAUUACCAAAAGUCACAGUCAGUGGUCAAGGACCUGAAAGAAAGCAUUGAAAUCUUUGAUCCAGUGGUUUUGCUGCACCCAGGAGAUGGUGUGGCUUUAGGUCAUGAAGGUAACAUGUCUCUGGCUUCAGUGUUUGAAGGCACUGGAAAUAAAUCUCAUAUUUCAAGAAGUAUAAACAGCAACGAGAAAGAGGAUGAACCUCAAAUAAUGGAGAAAGAAAAGAAAAAUUGCAAAGUGAAACGAAGCAAGAGCAUGGAUGCCAACAACAAAGAAUUAAUUCCUGAACUAAUAAAGCAAGACACUUUCUCAGACGAGCUACUAACCAUGCUUAAAACAGACAUCCUACAGGCUAUUGCUUCAGAUUUUCCUACAAUGGCACAGCCAGAAUGCCGUAAGUCACCUGAAAAACUAAGUACCAAUGACAGUCCCAAUUGUGAAGAGGUGAAAGCAAAAGAAGACCAUCAGAUCAUGGACAGUGCUAGUGUUCAAGAGCAAGAGAUCAAGCACCCAGAACACUCCAACCAGGGAGCUGACAACAAGGAAGAUGCAACAAAGACCGAAGGUUGUGCAGUGCUAGAGACUUCAGAAAAUAUUGGUCAGGCAAAUCCUGCCAUUUGUAAGGAAUAUGCAAAUGCAAAGGAAUUUCUUGACGUGAAAGAAAUAUGUGAUACAUGCGAGGAUCCUACAGUUGAUAUCAAACGUGAGAUGACCACAGAUGACAAUGAUGCACACUCUGAGAGUUAUAAAGAUCCUUCAUUAAGUCCCAGUGGACUAGGUCCUGAUCUCAAAGCUCUCUUUGAUGAUGAAAACACAUUCUCUCAAUUAUUCCCAAGGAAUGAUGAAAUGAAAAGGAAAAAGUGUGCACGUGUUUAUGGAAAAAGUAGCAAAAAGCAGAAGCCAAUGCCUACUUUAACUCCAGACUUCACUGACUCCAGUGUGCUUGCUGAAAAAAAUGAGGAGAAAAAAGAACAAAUGAACGGUGGAUUUGUCAGCAGUCUAAAUGACUAUUGUGAAUAUGAAACUAUAGUUCUUGAUGAUGCGAAGAUGCUUGAGAUGUGCCACAAGAGCUCAAGUUCUGCUGAGAAUUCUCUUCCAGUAGAUAUAACUCAUCAUCAAGCUGUCAGUGAAGACAGGCCAGGGGUUGGCUUUAAAGACUUUGUAUGCCAAACAGAAGAUGCAGUUAGUAAAUCUUCAGUGCAAUUAGAUGGAUCUGAAGACACAAAUACAGAGAGAACUACAGAGUCUACAGAUCCCCAAGGAGAGUGUAAAGCUGAGGUGCCUACCAAGCCUUCCUCCCUGCAACUGGUCUGUGUGCAAGAUAAUGCCACACGCCAUGCAAACAUUGAUAUUCAGAAUCUCAACACUACAUUCCAGCUUCCUGAAAUUCAGUUCUUCGAGCCUGGAAGGGAUAUUUCUAUGGCUGAGGAUAUCGCAAGCAACAAUACUCAGAUUAAAGAGCCUGAAACCCUCCCAAAGAAACCCACAGAACGCAAGGGUCGGAAACGUAUUGAGACCGGACUUAAGCCCAAGAAUAAGCAGUACAAAUGCAAAGUGUGUUUCACGUGGUUCCUUACCUUGGGUGAGUUAGACUUCCACAAACUAUCUCACAAUCCUUCACCUCCUCCCACUUGUUAUAUGUGUGUCCAGCGCAAAUUCAGCUCCCGUGAACAGCUUCGAGACCAUCUGAGAGAGAAGCAUGCCAAGAAUAAAGCAGGUGUCUGGACUUGUGGCAUGUGCUUGAAGGAGAUUUCAGACGUCUGGAUGUACAAUGAGCAUUUACGUGAGCAUGCCACACAGUUUGCUCGGAAGGGUCAGUCUCAAAGUUCCCUGCUGGACAUGCCAGGCUGCUUUAUGCAGGAAAAUGCUGUGAAGAACUUCCUUUCUUCUAUCAUGCAACAUCGAUCUAACAGAUCCACCAAAGGGGAGAAUGCCAAGUCAUCUAGGGACGAGAGAAAGGCUUCAGUAGAAGCUCUUGGUGUAGAGCAAAAAUCCUUAGAUGUAUGUGAGUCUGCAACCCCAAAGCCCAAAACAAGCACGGGGGGAGGUAGCAAACAUGCCACGCUUACACCAUGUGAAGUUCUACAAAAAGCAGAGACUGCACCGAAAAAUGUUGAAAUACAUCCUAAUUGCAAAGAUCCUUCAAGGGACUGUCACCACUGUGGCAAGCAGUUUCCAAAGCCUUUUAAACUUCAACGUCAUCUGGUGGUUCACAGUUUGCAAAAGAUUUUCAUGUGUCACAAAUGUCCAGUCUCGUAUCAGGAAGCAAAAGAGCUCAAAGAUCACCUGACAAAUGAGCAUGAAGAAGCAGAGGAACUCGAUUCGAAGCACACCACACUCCUCACCUGUGAACUGUGUGCUGAUGUUAUGCAUGUGAUUAAGAAGUCUUUCAUCUGCAGUACCUGCAACUAUACCUUCUCUAAAAAAGAACAAUUUGACCGUCAUAUGGAGAAACAUCUGGCUGGCGGGAACAAGAUCUUUAAGUUUAGGGGGGUUGGGAGACCUUGCAAACCCUUCAGAUCGAAAGAUGAGGAAUUCGAUAUGCCCCCGACCAAGAGAAGGAAGGUACUUAGUGAGAGUUCACAAGAAAACAGUUCAGACAGUGGCAUCGCCAGCAUUGGAUCUAUUCACCUAAACCAGACUUUGGACACACAGGGUCUCAAAUCAGUUGAGGAGGACCUUGCAGACAAUAACACCGAAGAGGAGCAGUCUACUGACACAAAUAAUACAAGUGUGAAAAUUGAAGAUGUACCAGAGGAACUUUCGGAAGUUCUGGAAGACCUAAGGCAGUGUCAGCGCCAAAUGGAUUCAGCUGAAGACAACUUUCAGACAAAAUCAGCGCCCAUGGAAAACGACAAGGAAUACACUUAUACACGUGAACUCCAAGAUGUUGAGACCAGAGAUGUUGGUACAGAUAACAGAACCUCCAUGACAGAGUCCUGUAAUGUCAAAAUUGAGGAGGAGUGUGGAGCAAUUCAGACAUCACAACCAUUGCCAGUUUCAGAUGAGUCUAGUGCUGCAGAAAAUGCUGAGAAAGAAUGCCCAGAUUUGGAAAAUGCAGUUGAGAUGAUGGAGGCAGAAGAUUCAGGUCUGUGCAACUUGUUAAUUUCUGACCAAACAAAUAAAAGCACGAAAAGCCAACAAGCUGAAGGUUCCACACCUAAUGAGGACUGCCAUCUUGAAAGUAUGAAACAGCCAUCGCCAUCAAGUCAAAUAAACCAACACAAGCAGGACAAGAUCAAUGAGCAAUCAUCCACUGACAAGAAUGAAAAUGAGAAAGACACAAAUCCUGUUGAACAGCUAGCAUGCACCCUGCUUAAGGAUAAAGCUACGUCCAAGUCAUCUGAAAACAUGAAACAGAACCUUAAUAAUAGCCCAAGGUCAGGAAGCCUCGGAGCCACAGAUGGUACAUGUGUAAGCCAUGCAAAGAUUCCCCUCAGCUCCAUUAUGGGAGAGGACAAAGACUCUAUAAAACAUAGGAAAAGGAAAGAGCUGAAGAUAACUCAAAGUUCUCAGAGGACAGCAUCUUCUGCUACACGGGAGAAUCUCGGCUUCGACAAUGUUAAAAAGAAGUUUCGACCAAAUAAAUGUGAGCGUGCGGCUGUUCAGCGGAAGGUUGACGUCUGUGGUGACUAUCCUGUGCUCACAUCAGUAAAGGAUGAUGCAGCCAGCAACAAAAUUGUCUCAAAGCACAAAGCAGGAACUCUGAGUUUACAACCAAAGAGAAGUCCUCUUGACAAUUUUUCACCAAAGAAAGGAGAAGUCGUACGUCAUCUGAAUGGGGAUUGCAGAGGGAGAAAGGGUGUGCCUGGGAGACCCAUUCAUUCUCCCACGUCCAAGGUGUCAGUAGCCUCCUUGAACAAUUCUUUUAACAAAUCCCGGCCUAAGCCAGGGGUCAAGUCUGUGGAGACUCAUUCCUAUCGUACUGCAGAGUCACAGAACAACCUCCUUAGCAAGCUGUUUGGCCAAAGACUCACUGGUUUUAAGAUUCCAUUAAGGAAAGACACUUCUGAAUCCAUUAACUGAGAAUUAGACGGAUGCUACUAAGAGGAGGACACUGACGUAUCCACUACACAAAUGAUCAAGACUAUUUUGAGCAGGACUGAGAUUGUAGGCUUCUCCUCUGUGAAAUGGUUUCACUUGUUAAUUAGUCACUUUAUUACCUUUUAUUAUUAUCUUCUUGUAAAUGUUUUCACAUUAACGUGAGGACCAGUGAUAAAGACGAGUUUAUAAAUAUGAAAAAUGAAAUUGCUGGCCAGCAACCUUUAUACAAAUAAUUUUAUUUUAUCUAUUUUGAAGUUGAUCAUGUUACAGAGACUGUAUGUUAUUAACAAAAGAAAAGAUUUGAAAAAAGGUUACUUGAAUGAUAACUGAGAUUUUUUUCAAAUUAUGCAUGACACUUUUACAUUCACAAUGUGUUCCUAAAUAGCUUUGUUUUGUUUGAGCAACAGGACUAUAUGACAUCCCGAAUGUGGACUAUGUCAGUGUGCCUAUUUUAUACGCUUCUGAGAAUUAUUCUUUCAUAUUCUUUUACCUUACUGUAUUGCAAUGACAUUCAAUGUAUUAGCUUUUGUAUAAACAAACAUUCAUUGGUGCUAUACUAUUUUUAUUGUAAUGUGAACACAAAUGUCCUCUAACUGAAGGGAACAUGUAGCGGUUACAUUCAGAAAAUCAUUCUUGCUGGUACUCAAUAAUUUCUGAGGAAAUUAGGAAAAAUACUGUGUACAAUCCAUCACGAAAAGGGUUCGCUUGUCCAGGUGUCCAUUCUGUCUUCUCAGUAGAGGGCAUUAGGAAAGCCUUUUUUCCAAGAGUAAAUUCAGUUCGAUUUCAUAUGAACUCAGGUGCUAACAAGGACAAUUCUUGCGCAUGAACCCCUUAACUAAGAUUCCUCCCAUGCACUGAUGUUACCACACACCAAAUCCACACUCGGUUAUCUAAGUGUCCUCCAAUUGUUUUAUUAUUACUAUUAUUUACUAGAACAAAAAGGUGCUUUAUCUUGUUUAUAUGUAUCUUAUAUUGUAUUAUAUUGUAGGUAGAUUAUCUCUGGUGCAAUGCAUAAUGUCAAAGUUCUAUUUUAAUAAUGAGCAACAGAUGAAGAGAAUAAGGAAAGGGAAUUGCUAAGCCUACUGAAGGCUCACAAGUGGUUCACAAAGUGCCUCAUAUAAAGGUUAUUAAAAAUCUGCAUUGUC